CAAUGACACAAGCUAAACAGGACUGCACCCGAGGCAGUAGGGACAAAGAAACCCUGUUCUGCAUGUAAAACUGACAUUGAUUACAUCAGUAUCCACAGUAACCAAAUUGAAGAAGAAAAAAAAAAAGGCGGCCUAUCACUCCGACAGGAAAAUGAGGCCUAAGUCUAGCUGAAGGAUCACACGGUAGGCUUUUGUGCUACUGCAGUCUCUAACGAAAGCAGACAGCAUGAAACAGAGCCACAGCUCUGAAGGUAUGGAACACACAGCAACAACAAAACAGAGUGGUUUCAUAGGAAGAGAAGCUGGUAUUAACAAAAAGGGGAGGCAACACUGGAAAAGGAAAUGGAGGGCAGCACAUCAGAGAAGAUCUCCUAUUUACUGGAGAGACGAGAACACAAGCAGUGGAACCCCAAGGAGGUCCUCAAAAGCAAACUGAGCAAAAGCUGCUCUUGCUCAGUGCAAAAACUGAAAAACUCAUUUAUUGGCUUCUUCCCCGUAUUACAGUGGCUGCCCAAGUAUAAACUUAAGGAACAUGCCUGGGGUGACAUCAUGUCAGGCCUCAUCGUCGGGAUUAUCCUAGUACCCCAGGCCAUUGCAUACUGCUUGCUGGCUGGCCUGCAGCCCAUCUACGGACUUUACACGUCUUUCUUUGCCAACAUCAUCUACUUCAUCAUGGGUACCUCCCGGCAUGUCUCCGUGGGAAUCUUCAGUCUGAUGAGCCUUAUGGUGGGACAAGUGGUGGAUCGGGAGGUGCAGCUUGCAGGAUUUGACAUGAGUGAUGAUAACCAGGUGGUUGCUAUGAGCCCUGAAGACCUGUGGUACGGCAGUAACACUGCUAAUACCACAAAGCUAAACUCAACUCUAGGAGCUUUCAAUAUGGAAUGUGGGAAGGACUGCUAUGCUAUAAGCGUUGCAGCUGCCUUGACUUUAAUGGCUGGAGUUUAUCAGAUACUGAUGGCAGUGUUUCAGUUGGGUUUUGUAUCAGUGUACCUGUCUGGACCAAUGCUGGAUGGCUUUGCCACAGGCGCUUCUCUCACAAUUUUAACUGUGCAAGUCAAAUACCUCCUGGGUAUCAAGAUCCCACGCACCCAGGGCUUUGGCACUCUUAUUAUCACCUGGAUCAACAUCUUUAGGAAUAUCCAGAACACCAACUCAUGUGAUGUAAUCACCAGUGCCAUCUGCAUCACAGUCUUGGUGGUUGCCAAAGAGCUGGGUGAUUGCUACAAAGACCGGCUAAAGAUCCCACUCCCCACUGAACUAGUCGUGGUUGUAACAGCAACCCUAGUUUCAUACUUUGCUGAUCUUAACAGAGUGUAUGGUUCUAGUAUCUCUGGGGCAAUUCCUACAGGUUUCAUCCAACCUGAGGUACCCAGUUUAGGAAUGAUGGCAAGGGUUGCCUUGGAUGCCAUACCUCUUGCAGUCGUCAGUUUUGCCUUCACAGUUUCCCUCACCGAGAUGUUUGCCAAAAAGCACGGCUACACCACCAGGCCAAACCAGGAGAUGCUGGCCAUUGGCUUCUGUAACAUCAUACCAUCCUUUUUUCACUGCUUCACCACCAGUGCAGCCCUUGCAAAAACGUUAGUCAAAGACUCUACAGGCUGCCACACCCAAGUUUCCAGCUUGAUUAGCGCCUUUGUGGUUCUUCUUGUCUUGCUCUUCUUUGCCCCACUCUUCCACUCUUUGCAGAAGUGUGUCCUGGCCUGUAUCAUCAUCGUCAGCUUGAGGGGAGCCCUGCGCAAAUUCCGUAGUGUGCCCAGCCAGUGGCAGAUCAACAAGGUGGACACCUUGAUCUGGAUUGUGACCAUGUUGUCCUCAGCCUUGAUCAGCACUGAAAUGGGUCUGCUUGUAGGGGUGGUCUUCUCUAUACUUUGUGUAGUGGCUCGUACCCAGCUUCCCCAUAUGGCCAUUUUGGGCCAGAUUCAAGACUCUGUCUUUUAUGAAGACAGCAAAGAAUACAAGAACCUCUCCACAAUCCCCAAAGUGAAGAUCUUCCGCUUUCAGGCACCCCUAUACUACGCCAACAAGGACUUUUUUCUGCAGUCUCUCUAUAAAACCUCAGGGCUUGAUCCAGUGUUAGAAGAGGCCAAGAGGAAGAAGACAGAGAAGAAAGCCAAAGCGAAGGCUGCCAAACAGGCAAAAGAAAAUGGACAAGACAAGUCCAAUGGAAACACGCCCUUGAUAUUUACACCUGAUGGGUUUGACUUCCACACCAUUAUCUUAGACUGUUCUUCCAUGCAGUUCCUGGACACUACAGGGCUUGUGACCCUGAAGGGAAUACUCAAAGACUAUAAAGAAAUUGGCAUCAGCAUCCUCCUGGCAUGCUGUAACACCUCUGUAAUUGAUUCACUAAAACAAGGCAGUUACUUUGGGGCAUAUGAGAAAGACAUCAGUACCUUGCUGUUUUAUACAGUGCACAGUGCUGUUCAGUUUGCAGUAAGCAGGGAAGUUGCUAUCAUUGAUUCUGUGGUUUAGCGUUGCCUGAUUGGUAGUAAUCAGCCUAAAAAUAAGUUUUCAGAUGAGUAGUACUUCAGCCACAGGGAUAAACAGCUAUUAGCCAGUGAUGGCAAGCAGCUCAGACUCAGGGCCAUAUGAGCUUUUAGGGCUGCAAUGAAGUGUACAUUUUGACCUUUGAAAAUUCAGAACAAAAUUCAAAUUCGAACCUUUGACGGUACUCAUUUGCAUAAUUUACUGGUGAUGUCACCA